AUGUCCACCUCCAGCGCCUCCGCGGCCAUAAUACUGGUGCUAGAAGCACUGCUCGUAUCGAUAGUCCUGCGGUGUUUCUACAACCUCUUCUUGCACCCGCUGCGCAAAUUCCCCGGCCCCCUUGCCCAUCGCGCUUCUGUCGUCCCCACUGCGAUCAAGGUAGCCCGCGGCAGAUGGACCACCAACCUCUUGCGGAUGACCGAUAAGUUCGGCCCCGUGGUCCGCGUCUCGCCGAAUGAGUUGAUCUUUACGGACCCGGCUGCAUGGAAGGAUGUCUACGGCCACCAAAACGGCGCCGUGGUCAAGGGCGAGGAGUUCCCCAAAGCUGCGUACUUCUACCGCAACCGCGGCGUCCCGCCUUCGAUCAUAUCCGAGACUCGGGAGAACCACGCCCUCCUCAGGCGUCAGAUGAGCCCGGGUUUCAGCGACCGGAGUCUUCGGGAGCAGGAGACGAUUGUCAAGGGGUAUGUUGACCUUCUGAUCAAGCAGCUCCGGGACCGAUGCGUUCCAACCCAGAGCGGUGAGGACGAGGGUAAGGCGGAGGGGAGGCCACCUCAUUUACCGUGCAAGACUGCCUUUGACAUGCGCCACUGGUUCAACUACGUGACGUAUGACAUUAUCGGGGAUUUAGCCUUCGGGGAGAGUUUCAGCUGCCUGGAACAGGGUCGAGCCGUCGACCGCGUAAGCAGUAUCGAGAAGGGACUCCAGGCACAGGCCAUGACCAAUGCGCUGAAGCAGCUGGGCCUGGAGGGACUCGUCAAGUGGCUGGUUAAGAGCAGGACGAAGUUCCGGCGAGAGAACGACGCCCUGACGAUGGCGGUGCUGAAAAGACGGAUGGCAUUGAAGCAUGAGCGUCCCGACCUGAUCGGAGGUCUGUUGAAGAAGCAGGACGACUGGGAGAUACCGAUGAGGACGCUGAUGAUCAAUGCCAUGAUACUAAUCAUAGCAGGCUCCGAUACAUCGGCAACUUUGCUUUCGGGACUUAUAUACCUUCUUCUAAAGAACCCCGGGUGCUUACUGAAAAUCACUCACGAGGUCCGGUCUGCUUUCAAGUCAGAGGAUGAGAUAAGCUUCUCGUCCGUCCAGAGCCUUCCUUACAUGCUCGCCUGUAUAAAAGAGACCUUCCGACGCUAUCCACCCGUACCGGGCUCCAUGCCCCGUGUGGUUCCAAAGGGCGGCGCGAAUGUCGCCGGCCAUUUCGUGCCGGAAGGGACCAUCGUGAGCGUUGCUCAGUUGCCGAUUCUUGCGUACGCUGAGGUGAAACUGAUUCUGGCUCGGGUUCUUUAUAAUUUUGAUAUGGAGUUGGUGGACCCUGGUGAGGACUGGAUGGACCAGAAAGCCUUUUUAAUGUGGACAAAGCCGCCACUAAACAUUUACCUGACGCCUGCAAGGUAA